CGCGUGCGCUCUAGUAACAGGAAGCUAAUGGCGGGCAUUUCAUAGUCUUGACGGAACUUGCAUCUGAAGAAAAUUACGUUUGAGAAAAUGGAAGGUCUUGAAGAAAGAUCAAAAACCAAGAAACUCCAUACCAAGCUUACUUUAACACAAGAUGAUGAUAAGAUUUUGGGUCGCCCUACCGCCCUAAGGCGAGAAAAGACUUUGUCUAUGGACAAAGUGGCCACAUUGAAAAUGAAAACUCACAAUAGUGCCUGGACUCCUAUACUACACAAGCCAUCAAACGAGCAGAUAUUUAAAGAAAGACGAGACCUCGUUUCUCACUGGUUUGACUUGUGGACGGAUUCUCAGCGAAAGAGGUUUCUGGACGUGAUCUUCCGACAGUGUACCCGUGGCCAGAACAGAUUUGUCAUCGAGUGGUUUCGGCAGCACGUUCCCAUGCAGCAUCUUGAUUUUGUGACUGUCCUCCCCCGGUUUCUGUCUCUGUACGUGUUCUCAUUCCUCGAACCGAAGAGUCUCUGUCGAGCUGCUCAGGCCUGUUGGCACUGGAAGUUCCUUGCUGAUCAGGAUGCUAUAUGGAUAGCCAAGUGUAAGAAGUAUGGCUGGUUUCUGCCGUACACACCGGCUGACAAUGAAUAUGGAGCGUGGAAGCGACACUAUGUGGCCUGCGUCCAGACCCUUGACUACGUGACAGGCAGUGGCAAGGACGACCUGUAUGGGACGAGAGCUGAUGGAGCUCAAUACACAGGCAAAAUGCUCCGACUGAAAGGAAACAGAUUAUCAAAGUCAGACAGCAGACGACUAAUGGACAUUCGCCCGCCGUGGAAGGGGCCGGAUAACAAGCCGAAGGAUCUCGACAAGUCUCACUUCGCCUUCCUCCACGACCUGAACGUGAACGAUCCCCUGCUGCCCAAGUCUGCCCUGGUACUGCACAACAAGUGGGGCAUCACAAAACACGACGUAGAUGUCAGCAAAUCUCUCGACUUCGAGGUCGGUAUGGACACGUCGAGGAGGAAGGAAAGACACAGAGCUCUGACGGCGGGCGAGGACUAUAACCCUCUGCAGACAAACAACCACACGCUGAGAGAAGUGAUUAACCUGGAGAACUUUGAGGAGAUGCGUAUGAGAGAACUUGUAGAGACAGACUGGAAGCCGCCAAAACGAGUUUUCACUCGUAGAUUUGACCAGACUGGAAAGGGUGGUUUCUAUUCUAGCAGACAGACAUCCAAAUCGACCACACUUGGUGGUAGCAUGAUGGAUAAGAAUCCGCGAGUUUUGUUCAUCUCAUCCCGGGUGCCUGCAGCCGAUCUGCUGCUUGACGCAGUCACGUUCGGGGUUGUGCCGAUUGUCUACGAGUACGAGGGCACGUCGACGGAGACUCUUCUCAGUCAGCUGGAGUCCAUCCUACAGGGCAGACAUGCACAGAGUGUUGGUUUGUUCUGCCACUCGGAAGAGCCCGGAGAAGUGAGGCUGGUACAUGGAUGCACCAUUAGUCUUGAUAACUUUGACUGUCCUGAGUCAAGAGAGUUCUUCGAAACGGUGUCCAAUCACAUUUUACCAACCUACAUGGGGGGUCAGUUUGACAUCUUUGUGCCACUGGCUGCUUCAGAGUCUGGUAUGGAAUUCAUCGUACAGUUGACCGUUCUCACUGAAAUGCAGUUCUCAUCACCCACUGGGAUCAUUGGCAGUUAUAACCACGGUUUGUAG